GUAGUCGACCCAGAGGCGGGUGCCUGCCUUUGCGCGCGCGCGUGUGUGUGUGUGACAUUGUCCGUCUCUUCGGAGGAAGACACAAAGUAGUUUCUCCUCCUUUUUCCCUUCCCUACCCGGCUCACCGUCGUUUGGAAGAGCGUGGAAGAUUAAUAAUUAAGCGUUUAUUUAUUGCGCGGUGAAAGAGGCAGAGAGAGGGGCGAGGGAGCGCGAAGCCACUACGAGGCUGCCAGUUUAAAUCUAUCUGUCCGCUCCGUAGGGCACGAGAGGGUAUUCCUCUUUUUUGUUUUGUUUUGUCGGCUUCUCCCAAACGCCACACAUCCGCCGUCGGAGCUGUUUUGGUGGUUCUUUUUUUUGUUUUGUUUGUUUUUUGUUGUUGAUUGUGAACAUGAAUAAGCUAUAUAUUGGCAACGUGAGCGCCGAGGCCAGCGAGGAGGACUUCGAAACUAUCUUUGAGACGUGGAACAUUGCCCACAGUGGUCCCUUUCUGGUCAAAAGCGGCUAUGCCUUCGUGGACUGCCCCGAUGAGAAGACUGCAAUGAAGGCAAUCGAUGUUCUUUCAGGUAAAGUUGAACUCCAUGGGAAACUUCUCGAUGUGGAACACUCUGUGCCAAAACGUCAAAGGAGCUGUAAACUGCAGAUCAGGAACAUCCCGCCUGACAUGCGGUGGGAGGUCUUGGAUGGGGUGCUGGCCCAGUAUGGUGCUGUAGAAUGCUGUGAACAAGUCAACACUGACACCGAGACUGCAGUUGUCAAUGUUCGAUACGCAGCCAAGGACCAGGCCAGGCAGGCCAUUGAGAAGCUCAACGGCUCCAUGAUGGAGAACUGCGCUUUGAAGGUGUCUUACAUCCCAGACGAGACGGCCGCACCCGAGGGUCCUCCCACGGGAGGUCGGCGAGGCUUCAACGCUCGCGGGCCGCCGCGGUCGGGCUCGCCGAGUCUCGGCGCCCGGCCCAAAGUGCAGUCGGACAUCCCGCUGCGCAUGCUGGUCCCCACGCAGUUUGUCGGGGCCAUCAUCGGCAAGGAAGGCGCCACCAUCCGGAACGUCACCAAACAGACUCACUCAAAGAUUGACAUUCACAGGAAAGAGAACGCGGGUGCGGCAGAGAAGCCCAUCACCAUUCACUCCACAGCUGAAGGUUGUUCCAACGCCUGCAGAACCCUGAUGGAGAUCAUGCAGAAGGAAGCACUCGACACAAAGUUUACUGAGGAGAUCCCACUGAAGGUUCUAGUGCACAACACCUUUGUGGGAAGACUAAUCGGGAAGGAGGGACGAAACUUGAAGAAAAUCGAGCAGGAUACGGGGACCAAAAUCACAAUCUCGCCUCUGCAGGACCUGACCCUGUACAACCCGGAGCGGACCAUCACCGUGAAGGGCACCAUCGAGGCGUGCGCCAGAGCAGAGGAGGAAGUCAUGAAGAAGAUCAGAGAGUCGUACGAGAGCGACAUGGCCGCCAUGAACCUCCAGUCCAACCUGAUUCCGGGCUUAAACUUGAACGCUCUGGGAUUGUUCCCCAGCGGCACCCCUGGCAUGGGUCCAUCCAUGUCCCACGUCCCUCCUCCCGGAGCCGGCGGCUCGGCGUUUGGAUGGAGUCCUUAUGGGGGCGAGGGUCCAUUUUGGGCUUCUAUGAUGUCGGCGAGCAGCCAGCCCCUCGCCGGACACCCGGAAUCGGAGACGGUCCACCUGUUCAUCCCCGCGCUUGCCGUGGGAGCCAUCAUUGGAAAACAGGGUCAACACAUCAAGCAGCUGUCUCAUUUUGCCGGAGCCUCCAUCAAAAUCGCCCCCGCGGAAGGCAUGGAUCCCAAACAGAGGAUGGUCAUCAUUGUGGGACCGCCAGAGGCUCAGUUUAAGGCUCAGUGUCGCAUCUUUGGCAAGCUGAAGGAGGAGAACUUCUUUGGACCAAAGGAAGAGGUGAAGCUGGAGGCCCACAUCAAGGUGCCUUCCUUCGCCGCCGGACGCGUCAUCGGAAAAGGUGGCAAAACGGUCAACGAGUUACAGAACCUGACUUGCGCUGAGGUGGUGGUCCCGCGGGACCAGACUCCCGACGAGAACGACCAGGUCAUCGUCAAAAUCAGCGGACACUUCUUUGCAUGUCAGCUGGCCCAAAGGAAGAUUCAGGAGAUCUUGGCUCAGGUGAGAAGACAGCAGCAGCCCAAGCCGGCGCCCGGCGCUCAGCCGCCGCUGCCCCGCAGGAAGUAACGUGCCGGCGUGCCCCGGAGGGAAAAACGGUGACUGAAGCUGCCCGAGUUGGCUGGACAGGUGCGACGGCGUCCAGGGGUUGGACGACGAGGUGUUACCAACGCUCAUCUCAGGGGUCAAAGGUUAUUUUAGAAGCCUACCAAAACAUCCAGCCCCUCCACGCCUCACUUGAACGUUCAAGUGUGGCUUAGAGAACCCCCCCCCCCCCUCACUCCCUCCUCCUCCUUCUCCUCUUCGCUAAACCUCCACCAACCUCACCUCUCCGCAUCACUGUAGGAAUGUAUCGGAGGGCUCCCAUCGACGUCACCUUGCCAUCGCGUGUACGUACCCCUCGACCGCUCUCCUCCCUCAAGGGCGUGUCUAUCUCUUUUUUUUAUUUUUAUUCCUCCCCCCCUCCUCCCCCAUUUUUAUUUUUUUUUCGCAACACGAAGAAAUGAGGAUCCCCCUCCUAUCACCUCUUUGGUGUGGUACCUCAAACCCGACAAAGAUGUUUUGGUUGACUUCAGAUUUGGUUGAUACUUUUCAGUGUUUAAUUGGUUAAUGAAGCUUUCUCAUGAGUUGAAAGGAAGAAAAAAAAAAAAAGGCAUUGCUCUCACGGUCCUAGUGGGACCGCCAGAGGUUUAUUUUGGGGGGAGAGUUGGCUCAAAUUGGUAGGGCCGCGUUUAGGGGAAAGAUUGUUUGAGGCCAGGACCCCUGAAGGGGUGGAUUAUAAACUGGGUGUCCUGCCCGGCGAAUAAAAGUGGCAUUUUAUAAAUUCGGAUGCAUUUUAUAGAUAGUGCUAAAUAAAUAGAUGAAUAUAUAUAUAUAAAUAUAUACAUCCAAUAUAUAUAUAUAUAUCUAUAUAUAUAUAUAUUUAGAGGUGAGGGCAGCGCCGUGACUGACACUUUGGGGAAUGGUGCUGCUGCCCAGUUAAACCAAUUUAAUAUGCAUUUUACUUAACUACCUCAGGAUCUAGUACCUCAGAAGAGAAAAAAAAAACAAAUGAUUAUAUAUAACAAUAUAAGAAAAAAAAAUGUUCCUUUCUUUUUUUAUUUUAUUUUGCUUUUGUGGUAUUUUGUAUACUUUAUAAAGCUGAUAGUCUUUGAACAUUUUUAUUUUUUUAAGAAAAAAAAUUUAAAAUUUUGGUCGGCUGCCAACUGACCCUUGCCUUCAACUCUAGUGCUUUACGGUGGCAUUGUACAUGUGUGUGAGUGACUAAAGAUGACCCUGUACAUAACGUCGAUUUGUACAUAGCAGCCCCAGAGCCGGAGUUGGCACGCCUCAGCUGGCGGCUGACACCAACGAGUAUCCAGAGAGAAUCGCCUCCGUUUUUUCCCCCCUGACGGUCCAACCAUCUCGUUUUUGAAGAACAUUACAAAACACCAUGCCAAUCAAUGCCAACCGUACACUACACCAUUACGCCAAUGCCGUUUAGUUUUGCGAUUGACUUUAUCGGUCGGGAAUGGUACUUUUAAUUUGUCCGUGUACUUAGAAUUCCGUUGCGUGGUCCGGGCGGGGGUUUAGAUCGAGCAGGGUGGACUCCAAACGCGCCCCAACCUGACCAGCUUAGCAAAUCAAGCCUGUUAACGUCGAUCACUGCAUGGUGAGGGUAGGGGUAGUCGCACUGAUGGAUGCAUUUUUUUUUUUUUUUUUUUUUUUUUUGGGAGUUGCUAAAACAUGAUUUGAACGUUCUGUGACCCGCAAGUGUUUUUUGUUUUCCGUGACACAGAGUGACUUUUGGAGGGAUAACAAAGUACAAAAACCCGACUCGGUUAAAAGAAAAGAAGAAAAGAAAGAGAAAAAGAAAAUCGAUUUUCAUUUGUGUCUUCAUGCCGAAUGUAAAUAAUGUUGAUUGUGGUAGAAGUUGAGUGUAUCCAUGCUUCCACAGUAGAACGCCGUCUACCUCAGCUAAAGGGGGCGGGGCGGGGGCGGCUGUUGUGCCAUUUAAGCGCGCUCCCCGCCCCUCCCUGCCCCCCACUGAGCGCCAGCGCGCACGUAUACCUCAGCCCACCCCCCUCCGCUUCCACAACACUUUUUUGUUUCCACACGGGCGCG